GGCGGUGAAGUCUGACAGGGGGGGCUUCGUUGUGUCGGUGCUGGUAGAGUGUGGCUUGUUAUCCCGCAGUAUUGUGAGCUCUGAUGACUGUAGAGCGGUCCCGGUGAGGAGCCCGGUCGGUUGGGCCCCGGCGCCUGGUGAAGGACCCUGGUCGGUUGGGCCUUGAUGAGCUCUAGUGCCCGGUGGUCAGUUGGGCUCCGGUGCCCAGUAAGGGAGCUCGGUCGGUUGGGCUCUGUUGAGCCACAGUGCCUGGCAAGGAGCCUGGUCGGUUGGGCUCUGGUGCCCAGUAAGGACGCUGGUCGGUCGAGCCCCGGUGAGGAGCCCGGUCGGUUGAGCCUUGACAAACUUGAGCAGUCGGCAGAGCCCCAGGGCAGCUUUCCUUGCCCAGCCCCGCCAUGACGGGCCAGGGGCCAUGGGGGGUCCGUCGGGUGCUGUUGGCAUUGAUGGCCGCGCUGGGCUGGCUGCUGGCCCUGCAGUUGCUUCUUGACUUGCGGGCGCUGGGGCUGCUCUGUGGGGUGCUGGUAGUGCUGGGUGGCUGGCUGGGCCCCCGGGUCCUCAGCCACCCCGGCCGGCGGUUGCGGCUGGAGCGUUUUGUCAGCUCCCUGCAGCCCCAGCCCCACUGCCCGGUGGCCACGGGGCGGCUGGAGAAGGAGAUCGCUGGCACCAUCCACAAAAUGGUGCGGGACUUUGUCGCCUCCUGGUACCGCACCAUCAGCAGUGAGCCAGCCUUCGAGGCUGAGGUGGAGAAGGCCAUGACAGGCCUGGCCACCGAGCUGAGGCGUCGGAUGGGGCAAGUGGACCGCCAAGCCCUGGCCCACCGCCUCCUCCUCCUCUACGGCCAUCACUUGCAGAGCUACCUGCAGGCCCGUGAGGCCCUGAGGGGUGAUACGGAGGGUGGCCGGACCCUGUGGCUGGAGUACAGCCGGCUGGCGGGGCCGCACCCGGCCCUCCGCAGCCCAGCAGCUGAGGUGGGCUAUGCCCGGGCUGCUGUGGACACGCUGCUGCGGGCGCUGGUGCCCUGGCCCCACCUGGAGACGCGAACAGGACGCUUUGUGGUGGUGGAGCUGGUCGCCUGCAACGUGCUGCUGCCAGCCAUCAGAAAGAUGUCCGAUCCUGACUGGAUCAACUUGCUGCUCAUCGGGGCUUUCUCCAAGAAGCCCCGGGGUGAGGAGCCACCCCCUGCACCCCCAGUGCCUGAUUUCUUGCCCUUCAUGGCGCAGAUGGAUGCCACCCCUGCCGGACUGCCCCCCUCCCCGAGGGCCAUGGAGGUGCCCAGGCAAGAGGCAGGGGCUGUUGGAGAGGACAGAGAGGACUCAGCGAGUGGGCUGUGCCACACAGAGGAGCCCUUCCUCCACCCGCGAGCCCUGGGCUCCCUCUUUCCCUGCGAGGGUUUGGAGCUGGAGUCCCCUGCGCCCGAUGCGGGCCAGGACACGGACCUGUUGGCACCAUCGCCCAUGAGGGAUUUCCUUGAUGAACCCCCCCACGACACCUCCACUGUGGUGGAGGGAGCGGCCGCUUCGGAGGACGGCAUGGGGGACCUGGAGGAGGGCGUUGCCCCUAGUUUGGAUGCUGGCCUGCUUCCCACCUCUGCUUUUGCACUGACCUCCUGCCCUGACAUCCAGAUCGACCCAGCAGUUGAGAAGGAAGAGGAAGGCCUAGCUGUCCCCAAGAAGUCCUCCUCACAGAGGCCCUCCAGCUUGGGGAAAGAUCUGGGAGCAGCUGAGGGCCCACCACAAAGCCCCCCAGACCCUGGGCAGACUCUGCCUCUGCUCUCAUCCUCCCCAACGGCUUCUGUCAGCACCUUCAGCUUUGAACCCCUCAGCAGCCCUGAUGGGCCGGUCGUCAUCCAGAAUCUGCGGAUAACAGGGACCAUCACUGCCCGAGAGCACAGUGGGACUGGCUUCCACCCGUACACCCUGUACACUGUAAAGUAUGAGACAGCCCUGGAGGGUGAGAGCGCGGGCAGCCUUCAGCAAAUGGCUUACCACACCGUGAACCGCCGUUACCGGGAGUUCCUCAACCUCCAGACCAGACUGGAGGAGAAACCGGAGCUCCGCAAGUUCCUGAAAAAUAUCAAAGGCCCAAAGAAAUUGUUCCCUGAUCUCCCAUUUGGAAAUAUGGACAGUGAUAAAGUGGAAGCCAGAAAAAGUCUGCUAGAAUCUUUCUUGAAGCAAUUGUGUGCAGUCCCUGAGAUUGCAAACAGUGAGGAGGUGCAGGAGUUCCUCGCCCUGAACACUGAUGCCAGGAUCGCAUUCGUCAAGAAGCCUUUCGUUGUCUCCAGGAUAGACAAGAUCGUUGUCAAUGCCAUCGUGGACACCUUGAAGACGGCAUUCCCCAGGUCAGAGCCCCAGAGCCCCACGGAGGAUCUUAGUGAGUCUGAAGUGGAUGGGAAAUCUCAGACAGAUGGGAAGAAGACUAAUAGGUCCAGGCUGAGGUUCUCAUCCAGUAAAAUUGCUCCAGUGCUGAGUGUGAAUGAAGCGCAUGACAGGAUUGUGUACUCUAUCAGGGAGGGCAGUGCUGUCUCUGGCACCCUGUCACUAGCUGCUAUGGAGUCCUUCAUCCAGAAGCAGGAGAAGCUGCUGGAGGCAGUCCCCAGCAAAGCUCCUGAAGGCGAGGGAGGUAGAGAAGCUAAGGAAAGCUCCAUGGAGGACAACAUGGACGGGCUGCGCACAUCAGAGCAGGGGACACGUCCGGACAUGGACUCUGACUCUGAGACAGCUUUGGCUGACGUGGCCCUGGAUGUGCUUCGUCUGCUGCUGAUGGAUCACUGGAGCUGGCUGUGCACAGAGAACGUCCAGAAGGUCUUCCACCUGCUCUUUGGGACCCUCAUUCAAAGGUGGCUGGAAGUCCAGGUGGUUAACCUGACCUGCACCCAGCGUUGGGUCCAGUACCUCCAGUUGCUACAGGAAUCCAUCUGGCCUGGAGGAGUUUUGCCAGCAGUGCCUAAACCAGCCAGGACAGAGGAACAGAAGAAAGCAGCAGCAGAGCAGGCCCUGCAGAGCCUGAUGGGCAUCUUGCCUCAUGUGAUCCAAGAAAUCCUUGGAACCACUAAAUGUCGGAUGAGCUGGAACCUGGUACUGGAGUCCCUGGGCCGGCCUGUGAUAAACAGGCACCUGGUUUUCUGCCUCUUGGACAUUCUGCUGGAGUUCUUGGUUCUGAAGGGCUCCAGCGAUGAGCUUGAGACUGCAGCUGUCGCGCCAUCUGCCUCUAGUGGCCUGGACAAAGCAGGCAUUUCAGCACAUUAACCAGGGCUGGUGUAGCCAGCAGUGGAGGAGAGAAGCAGCCACAGGCAUGAGAUGAUUUGAUUUUCAGUGUUUACUGAACAUGUCUGGGAGCUUCUUGUAAAGAAUUUUUCUAGCCAGUGCUAAAUGCGGCUGCUUCCAGGCUUCUCUGUUUUGGCUGGG